CCAGUAACUUACAGUCACAACUCAACAGAGACAUCAUCGCUCCUCUUUGGACAGACAUGGACAACACUGUCAAUGGAACAAUCUCCUAUCGUCAGGUCACCAGUGGUGGACUCUUACUAGCAGCUUCAAACAGCAUAAACCAGUAUUUUCCCAAUCUGAACUUCACUGCCUCAUGGCUGUUCAUUGCCACUUGGGAUAAAGUACCCUACUAUAACAACUUACAAUCGAGUUCAUCUUUUCAAGUUGUUUUGGUCUCUGGUGGUCCUCUGUCUUUUGUCAUGAUGAACUACGGAAAUAUCUCCUCUACGAAUCAACCGUUUCAGGCUGGCUAUGGCACUGUAAACUCAACAAAUUACUUUUCAAUACCUGUGCCUGAUGAAAAUAAGCUCUUCAACUCCACCAAUGUCAAUGUGCCAGGACGCUGGGCAUUUCGUGUUGAUGGUGGACCUAAGGAAGGAAUUUUCUACCCAUAUGGAGAUCAGGAUACAAAAAACCCUGCACAGUAUUUUGGAGGUUCUCCACUCAUCCCCCUGGCACAGCCGUUUGUCUACUUUGGGCAAAUUUAUAAUCAACUAUAUGUGAAUAACAAGGGAUAUGUGACUUUUGGUGGGCCAUUUUACCAGUCGUAUCCCAACUCUUUUCCUGCAUACUCUACAAGAGACAUCAUCGCUCCACUUUGGACAAACAUUGACAUUACACAGAGAGGAACUGUCUCUUACCGACAAGUAAAUGAUCCUCGUCUCUUGAAUUGGGCCUCAAAAGACAUAAACCAAUAUUACCCAAACCUGAACUUUUCUGCUUCAUGGGCUUUAAUUGCUACAUGGGAUAGAGUACCAAACUACAUAUAUGGACAAACAUCGACCUUUCAGGUGGUUUUGGUGUCUGGCAAAAACAUGUCAUUUUCACUCAUACAUUAUGGUCAUAUUGCCCCAACAUAUUAUAUGCAGUCUGGCUAUGACACAAGUGACUCCACUGAUUUCUUUUCGAUUCCUGUCUCCGACGUUACAUACCUUUCAUACACAAGCAACGUCAACGUCAUGGGUCGAUGGGUAUUUCGAGUUGACCUUGCAUCAGACAACAGUGGACUGUUCUAUCCAUUUAGGAACAGCCCCAAACUAAACCUUCUACCGUAUUAUGGAUUUUGGAUUGGCUACAUGCAGGCUCCAUUUUCUUACUUUGGGCUCACAUACAGAUAUGUUUAUGUCCACAAAAAUGGAUUUCUUACAUUCAACUGGCCAUCCUUUCCAUUAAAUUCCCCAACUUUUCCUGCAAAUAUAGACAUUGUUGCUCCACUGUGGACAGAUAUUGACUACAGUCAAAUUUACAUUCAACAAUUCAGAGGUGUCCGAGUACUACAGAGAGUUACAAAUAAUAUACGUCAAUAUUUCCCUAACGCAAAUUUCACUGCCAACUCAGUUUUUGUUUGUACUUGGGAUAAAGUUGCUUAUUCCAACACUUCAGCACAGAAUUCCUCUUUUCAGUUACUGCUGAUCUCUGGUUCUGGAUUGACAUUCAUUAUAUUUAAUUAUGGUAGUAUUCCCCAAACUAAAAAUAUUGCUCUGGUGAGAAAGCUUUUACAAGUCUUGUACUUAAAAAAAAAAACAUUUAACGGCAUUUAAAUUUUUAAGAUUAAAUAUACUUGUAGAGAUGUAACAGAACUGUUUUACAGCACUGUUAGAUUUUUAGCUACAGCUCCUAUUAUGCAAAGAUCAACCUGUUCUCUAACCAAUAAGCCUCUAGGUUGUUUGUCCAAUUCCCCUGAAACACGUCCCAUCAGAGCUUAUACUACAAUUGUGCACCUAUUGGUAACAGGACAUUUUCAUAUUUAUGUUUGUUUAUCUGGGUUUUGGUGUACCUCAGUUGGCAGCGCAUUUAGUUAUACAAUGAAAUGCAAUGAUAGGUUUGAUUAAAUAAACUUGCAUUUUGAUAAGCAAUGACAAACAUGCAUCAUAUUAUGAUGAUUUUUAUGCCUGCUGGAUGGCGCUUAACUUUAAAAUGCAAAUAUAGGCGCUUGCACAAACAACCUAUAGGAUUGUUUUUUGUUGAGAGAAAGGCUGCCGUAUAUCUGUAACGAAUAUGCUUGUAAUCAUUGUUUAGGCUGGAUAUGACACUAUUGAUUCUACCAGUUAUUAUACAAUUCCUGUGCCUAACAUCGCUAACCUGGCCUUUUCCACAAACAUUAAUG